AUGCUCGAAUUGGAGUUAUUUGACGUGUGGGGUAUAGACUUCAUAGGUCCAUUUCCACCAUCUUUUGGUCAGAAAAAUAUCUUUACUCGGUUUAGCACACCUAGAGCAAUAGUAAGUGAUGAAGGUACACAUUUUUAUAAAAAGCUUUUCAACUCCCUUUUGGCUAAAUACGAUGUCAAGCACAAAUUGGCACUUGGUUAUCAUCCGCAAUCAAAUGGGCAAGUAGAGGUAUCCAACAAAGAGAUAAAACAGUUUUUGGAAAAGACAGUGAACACCAACCGCAAGGACUACUCUCUCAAACUAGAUAACGCUCUUUGGGCAUACCAGACUGCCUUCAAAACACAAAUUGGAAUGUCACCCUACCAUUUGCUAUUCAGGAAAGCUUGUUAUCUACCAAUGAAAUUAGAGCAUAGAGCUUAUUGGGCUGUGAAGAAGUUGAAUUUGGACAUGAAGUUGGACGGUCCACAACCCUUGCUGCAACUUGAUGAAUUAGAGGAAUUCUGA